CACGUAUUUGACAGUCUAAAUAUACUUGUCUGUGUUGUCUCUAUGUAUUUUGCCUAAGGCUGAAAAUGUUUGUUAUUUUCGAUAAUAAUCAAAUAUCUUUAUGAAUCAUUGUAGUGUUGGUGUAUAUCAAACAGAAUAUGGAUUACGGAUUUAUGAUUGGAUUUUUAUUUUCUCAUUCUCUUUUAUGUUUUGUCGAUGGACUGACGUGUUACAGUUGUACGUACAUUGAGAACAGCGGUAAGCGUGAUUACGAGUGUGUGAACGCUCCCUUCAACGUAACCACCGCCAACACUGUUCCUUGUGCCAACGAUAGCUUCUGUUUUACUAGAGUACAGUACAACAAGGAUACACUGGAAGUUCGUUCCAUAUCUAGAGGAUGUGGAGAAAGCGCUUCACUGGACUGUGGCAGAAAUUGCUGUUCCACUGACAACUACUGGCACACGUGUUUAACAGAAUGUCUCGCUGAUAAUGAAUUCUGUAACGACAAAGACAAGUCAAAGUACAUUUCUGGUACAACCAGUCCAUCUAGCGGAAAACCCCGUAGUUCUUCCGAAAAAAAUCAUAAUUCCAUAUCUGAACUGAUACUUACUUUAGUCAUAUCUUUAACAUUAAGAUUUUUAUAGAUGU